AUGUGGGGUGUAGCAGGUCAUUUUCUCUGGCGAUGUACUUCCUCGACUGCGGUGUGGGCGGAAUGCUCAAGGAGUUUACAAAAAAGUGUUAUUUCUGAGGGUGAUUUUUUGAGCAUUUUUCAUCACAUCAGUAUUCGGGUAGAGGUGGAGGAUUUGGAAUUGAUGGCAGUUACGGCUUAUAAGCUGUGGACACGUCGAAAUCAGUUGGUGUUUGGAGGGAUGAUUCUGCCCCCUAUAUGUUUGAUGGAAGGUGCAAGAGAAACGCUAUCUGAGUUUAAGGAGGCUCAUGCAGCAUUGCAUCCGGCUAGGGGCGAUUGUCCACGGGUUCGGGUUAGUUGGGAGAAACCCCUAGUUGGGUGGAUCAAACUGAAUUGGGACGAGGCUAUUGAUGAAGAACAAAAACUCAUGGGGGUUGGUUUGGUCGCCAGGGAUUCAACGGGUAAAGUUCGGGCCUCUAUGUGUAACUUUCUCCCCUACCUGACUGAUGCAGCAGUGGCGGAAGCUUAUGCAGCCCGGCACGGGGCAGAGCUUUUGCGUGAUAUGGGGUUCCGCAAGAUUCUCUUGGAGGGGGAUGUACAGGUGAUAGUGCAGGCAAUCAAUUCUGCGGGUGCAUGUUCGGCGAGAUAUGCCAGUAUCAUUGCCAAUACUCGUGACAUCUUGCAAUCUUUUUCUUCAUGGAGGGUUUUGUUUGUAAGGCGUGAAUGUAAUUCGGUGGCCCUCAGUUUAGCCCGUAUGGCUGUAACUCAAUGUCUUUUUCAAGUUUGGAUUGAGUCGGUACCGGACUUAGUUCAAAACUGUGUUAGUGUUGAACAAGGGAGGCUUUCCCUCGUUUAA